ACUUGAAACGAGAUAAAUAUAUAUUCAGGCGUUGGAAAGAGAGAAAACAAAGAUGAUGAGUGCAAAGAGUGCACGCAACGCAAUAGAUAUACUAGUACGCUUUGCAUCAUGUGUAUAAAUGAAAGGACCUAGAAGCUUUCUACGCGUUUUUACGCAAAAACGACUUUAAUGAACAUUAAACUUCGAGGGCAAUUCGGACCUUUGAAUCGCGUCGGAUAAAAAGACAGUGUAUAUAAAAGAAUAAUAAUUGUUUACUUCGAUAAGUAUUUAAAUAUAUUAUUUUGAAAUGGCAGAUACCAAGGAUAAUUCAGAUACUGCUCAAACGACAAACGGUGUUACGGAUACCACAUCUCCAAAAGAAAACCAGUCUACAGAUGAAAGAAAGAUACCAUGUAUCAUUGUGCUUGGAAUGGCUGGUGCUGGAAAAACAUCAUUUGUUUCUAGACUUGUUUCUAAAUUGUAUGAUAUGGGAAAGCCAUAUGGCAUUAAUUUAGAUCCUGCUUGUAAAGAAGUUCCCUUUCCUGCUAACAUAGAUAUAAGAGAUACUGUAAAUUAUAAAGAAGUGAUGAAACAAUACAAUUUAGGCCCAAACGGUGGUAUAGUUACGAGUUUAAAUCUUUUUACCACAAAGUUUCAUCAGGUUAUUGAACUUGUUAACAAAGCUAAUAAAGAACACAAUUAUGUGAUUUUUGACACACCAGGACAAAUUGAGGUGUUUACGUGGUCAGCGAGUGGCUCGAUUAUAACAGAAUCAUUAGCAUCUCAAUUUCCAACAAUUAUUGUGUAUGUGGUAGACACUGUGAGAAGUGUUAAUCCUGUUACGUUCAUGUCUAACAUGUUAUAUGCUUGUUCUAUACUUUAUAAAACUAAAUUACCUUUUAUUGUAGUCAUGAAUAAGAUUGAUAUUGUUGAACAUAGUUAUGCAAUUGACUGGAUGCAUGAUUUUGAAUCCUUCCAAGAAGCACUCGACCAAGAAAGCGGUUACAUCAACAAUCUUGCACGUAGCAUGGCACUUGCAUUAGAUGAGUUUUACAAUCAUUUGAAAUGCUGCGGCGUUUCUGCCGUAACAGGUGCCGGAUUUGACGAAUUUUUAGAACUAGUUGAAGCUGCUGUGAAGGAAUAUGAAAUGACCUACAAAAAAGAUUGGGAAAAAGUUAAGAUGGAGAGAGAAGCUCAAAGAAAAAAGACAGAGAAAGAACAAUUAGAUAAAGCUAGUAAAAAAGCAAUGGGAGAAGCUGUACCUUUUGUAACAACGGUUAACAGUGGUCGUGACAUUUCAGAAAUCUAUUUGAAACAUGCAUGCAAUGAAUCAAGCGAAGAUGAAGACGGAACAGAAAAUAAUUUUGAAAAAAAUGAAGGCGAAGAAAAGAAUGUUGAAGAGUCAUUUAGAAAUUUCUUAGAGAGACAUAAAAAGGAACAAACUAAACGAAGGAAUAAUCAAGAAUCCGAACCUAAUACGAGUAAAAAUUAAUAUAAUUAUACAAUUUUUUAUAAAUCUCGCAAAUUAACGAAAAA